GUGACGCCAGACGGUUUAGCGGACAAAGGUGGCAUCCGUUUGGGUGAUAUUAUACUAGAAAUUAACGAAGAAGACGCUACUGAGCUUACACUGACUCAAGCGCAUGAGAAAAUUGCAGCUUGCGGCAAGAAAAUCCAUUUCCUUGUGAAGAACAUGGAGGAAGAUCCUGAUUUCGAGUUGGGCGARGAAAAGUCCAUUGUGCUGCGUGUGCCAAAACCGGCACCACCGCCGAAGGUGAAAUCGGCUGCUUCUAUAGAGGCUCGCCUGCGCGAGAUGCAACGCAAAUUAUCGGAAAUUGCGGAAAUACCGAAAAUACUCUCCUCCACACUCGCCACCGUGUCGCAAACAUUCGAGAAAUUGAAUCCCAGUGAUUUGCAGCAACACCGCAAGCAUUCCUACGAUGAGGAUGCACUGGAUUACGAGCUAAGUGGCGCCAACGCCGAACAACGUCUCAAGUUGAAGGCUAAAGGAAAAGCAAACGCCAAAACCGCUGAGCCAUUCGGUGGCGUGAAAAUGUACUUGGCAAAAGACUCGACGCCGGAAUCGGAUUAUGCAUCGGAAGGCAAUUAUGAAUCAAAUGAAGCAGACACGGAUGACGAUUAUGACGUUGCUGAUGUCGGCGGCUGCRAUGAUGCUGACGACAAAGAUGAUGAUGAAAACGUUUGCGAGGGUAGAAAUAUGAAAGAAGGUAAUGGAGCGAGCAAAGCAGCCUAUUUUGAGCACGUUGAAAGUGGAGCAAGUAAUUACAAUUCGCGCGCAACGGAUCCGGUAAAAAACAACGCUGGCAGUGAGGCAGAAGCCGCAAUACCAUAUGCGUUUGUGACACGAAUUAGACCGGCCAAGUCAAGUCUGCCGCAGAGCAAACAAUAUAAGCAACAACAUCAUCAYGACAAUUUCAAUGUCAGCGCUAAUGCUGUUGAAGAUGACAAAGAUUACGACGAUAUAACGACGACGGAUGAUGAAGCUCAGGCUUAUGGAGAUGAUGAUGACAACGAGGAUUCYGACGAAGAUGUUAUAACAGCCAGACUCGUUAGUGACAACWCAGGUAGUAGUGAUGUUGAAACGGACGCCGCUGAAGUGGCAGGCAAUGGUGGUGAUGACGAUGACGUUGCCACUGAUGAUGACGAAGAUUUCCUAACUGCCACCUAUACCUGGAAUUUGAACAAAAUACCUAAGUUACAGUUGAAUGACGAGAAACAAUCCAGCGACGAAAGCAAUUCAUAUAAGGAUCAGAUUGACAUGGAUGACACGGAUGAGGAAAAGCCGAAAAAGAAAGCGCGUUGGUGCCAUGCUGACGAUGACUUGCAGAAGGAAAAGCAUUUGCAGUGGGUCGAUGAGGAGGAUGAAAAGGAGAAGAAGUUUGCCGAUAAAUUGGAGCGCUCUUGGCCGUGGGCAGAUCGAGAGAAGAUUAUUUAUAAACAAUCAACUUGUCACCUGGUACGUCGCCGUCCUUUGGGUUUGGUUGAGCAGCGCAUCAAAUUAUUGGCUAAGCUAAAUCUUAGCGACAGCUUGGAACGACAGCUGCAGUGAAAUUAAAUCAUUGCUUAGACAGGUUAUUGGCAAUAGUUGCAUUGACAUUGCGGAAUCGGUUUGAGAUGCUAUGAGAACUGCCAUUAUUAAUAUACUGCUAGUCAAAUACAUAUUAUAUAUUGUUUAUAUAUUCCUUAUAUUUAUCGAAAGAAUGUCAUAUUAAAUCGUUAUUUAGCUAUAUUAGCGCCCWUUUGCAUAUUUCAUUUUGAAUAAAGCGUUGUUUUUAAAAGAG